ACGGCAGCAGCUACGGCGGCCGUCGUAGGGGCCGGUGCUUUACCGGUGCAAGGGGCGAGGGCACCAGUCGUUCUCGUGCACUACCCCCAUCGCCGACUUCAUGACCCAGUGCGAGAACUGCGACGGGUAUGGACACGAUAAGAGCAAGUGCCCGUCGGCGAAGGACGAGGAGGAGGCGAAGGGCGAGACGGCGGUCAUGGCGGUUGCGGUGGCGAGCGAUGACGAGGAGCUGGAUGUGGCACGUGAGGCCUUGUAAGAAGAGGCGGGGGAAAGACACAAUAUCCGCGCUGGUCACUACGCGCGCACCACCCACACACAGC